AUGGCGCAGACUCGGGCUCCCGUUCGGGCUCUUCCGGUGGUGCUGCUGCUCACAGCCUUGUGGACCAGCUACAACGCCACGCUGCUGUUCGUGGGCCAGGGCUCUUCGGGCAACGUGCGCCGCACACUGGUGCCCAUGGAGGCGAAGAAGGCCCUCGCCAAGUCCGAACUCCCGAAGGAGGCGUUGGCGCUGCCGUGGAUGGAGAAGUUGGACAUCCAGACCGGCUCCUUCAGCUUCAGCGAGGGUGCGGAGAACAAGGUGCAGAUCAUCACGCCCAUGGGCUCGUCCGACGACAUCAAGGCCUGGGCCUCCCUGGCGCCCAACUUCUUCUUCGGGCUCAUCUUUCUCACGGCGGGGGGCUGCAUCGAGUCGUGCCGUUUCUUCCCGGACGCCCUGACCUUCUGA